CCCGUUCUUUGAAACCAAGACCGGUGACCGGGCAUAUAGCCACUCCGUUUUACUUAACCUAUAUGGACAUUACACAUUAGUAAAUUAAUCAGUAGUAAUUCUUUUAACAUAUUCUCAAAAAUUAAAAUGUCAUAAAUUAAAUGAUAUUUUUAAGUGAAGUAAUGUUUUUUAACAGUUGUGCUUACAACUAAAACUGGUGAACCUCUUUAACAGUUUAGAGUAGUCAAACGAAUAAUGAUUACAGGACAUCACAGUUACCUAAGGAUCUUGACCAUGAAGUCCGAUGCAGUCCGAGGAACAUGUCUUCUUAUGUGUCCUGAAUCUGAAAUACAAAUGAGACAGAGGGAGGGCUUGGUCCAUGUCCUGGAGACAAGGGAUCGCCGGGAGGUGCGGAAAGGUGAGCGUAUCAUGGCUGACAGGAGGAGGAUGGUGAAAUCGUACAGUAGGUCAGCUGCUGGCAAGGACAUGCUAUGUGCAGAUGUGCUGAGACCACCCCCUGUGCUCAAGAGGACCAUCAAUUAUUUACUGAGCGUAGCAGUCUGUGAGACAAAUGUUGCUUGGCCUACUGUUUACGAGUUUGUGACUGAUCGGCUGCGUUCAGUGAGACAAGAUAUGGUAAUUCAGCAGCCUCCAGCCGCUGUCUGCUGUUCCAUACUCGAACCUAUGGUCAGGUUCCAUGCUUAUGCCGCCUACAGGUUAUGUGAAGAGCCGCUUGAAGUGUACGACCCUCACUUGAACGCAACUCACCUGAACGAGAGCCUGAAACAGCUCUUGGUUAGCUACGAUGCGAGCGAGAUCUCCACAAUGUCACCUGCACAGGAUCAGAUGGAAGCUCUGUAUGGACUUCUACACCUGGGGAACGUGGACGCCCUCUACAGGAUGUUGUCUUUGACGCCAUCAAAAGACGGUAUGUUGGAUAUUGCCCUACAGAUGUCUAUUGCACGAUUCCACAACAAUUACGUAAGAGUUUGUCGCCUGAUGAAGCAUCUGCCUCCUCUACUAGCAUGUGUUGCGGCACUACACCUGCCGUCUAUCAGAAGAAAUGCUCUGUCGGUGAUGAAUUCUGCCUACAGCAGCAAAAAUCUACAUUUCCCUGUGGAGCAUCUCGGUAGACUGCUGCUGUAUGAGAGCGAUAAAGAAGUUAUUGAAGACUGCAGUCAUUAUGGACUCAGAGCCAGUGAUAGCAGUGUCACCUUCUUAAAGGGCUCAUUUGAUUUUGAGGCUAAAGACUCAAAAGUAAAAAAACUAGGUUUUGUGGAUGAAAGUAUCGCCAGUGUCUCUCUCCCAGAGUUGUUGCUGUCGGAUGGAGAUCCUGAGAGCUGACUUUGGACAAAAACAAUUUAUGAGAAUUUUGUAAAUAAAGAUUAUUUAUAUCCUGAGUAA